CUUCGGGUUUGUGGAUUUAGGACGUUCCGCGGUGGGCUGCUCCGCUCACCCGCUCGGCGGGUGUGUGUUCCUUGCCGAAGUCCGAUUCUUGACGCCGGUAUUGGGGGUAUUAUGCUGAAAGGGAACGGAACAAGUGAAGAGUGUGACCUUCAUACUGUAUGAAUAAUGCAGACUAUAAAAUGCGUGGUGGUUGGAGAUGGUGCAGUUGGGAAGACCUGCCUUCUCAUUAGUUACACAACAAAUGCUUUUCCUGCAGAAUAUGUUCCCACUGUAUUUGACAACUAUAGUGCACAGAUGACUGUUGAUGGACGAACUGUAAGCCUGAACCUUUGGGAUACAGCAGGGCAGGAAGAGUAUGACCGUCUUCGCACUCUAUCUUACCCACAGAGUAAUGUCUUCAUCAUAUGUUUUUCCGUUGCUAGUCCUUCUUCCUUUGCCAAUGUUCGCCAUAAAUGGCAACCAGAAGUUUUACACCACUGCCCAAAUGUUCCCAUACUUUUGGUUGGUACGAAGAAAGAUUUAAGGAGUGAUCCUGAAACCGUAAAAAAGCUCAAGGAGCAAAGCCUUUCCCCGACAUCGUUUCAACAGGGAGUAAACUUGGCUAAACAGAUUAGAGCGGUCAAGUACCUGGAAUGUUCAGCACUCAAUCAGGAGGGCAUCAGAGAGGUGUUUGUGGAGGCUGUGAGAGCAGUCCUUUAUCCUCACAGAAAAAAGAAAAACAAAAAUUGUGUACUUUUGUAGCCCAAAUACACGAACAUUGUGGUUGCACAUAGAUUGAAAGCCAUGGAUCGACUGUGUUUUGGAUUGCAUUGUGGUGUUACGCAAGGAUCUUGCACAAAACAAGCUUGUAUGACUGAAACUGGAAAUUGUUGAAAUGCUGCUUUAUUGGCUGGGUGUUAUUUUUACAGAAAUGCAGGCCUUUAAUGAGAUAUGAUAUAAUGGCACUGGACUUUCUAGCUUGCAAUUAAAUGUCCUCUUGUUCCUGAGCUAAGCUAAAUUGAUUGCCUUCUAACAGCCACUUUAAAGAUUUUUUUUCAGAUUCUUAAUUCUGUUAAAUUAAUAGCUUUACUCACAACUAUCUUUUUUUUUGAGAUGUAACGGUUUAACAGCAAACUUGUUUUGAUCACUUUAAACAAAUGGCAAUUUUUUUCCGCUAUUGCUCAGGUUUCAAAUAGCUGAUGCUGGCUUUCACAACUACAUUGGUUAAUAAGCAGAGCAUAUUUCUCACAUUGGCACUAGUAUGAAAUUAUAAAUUAUCAUAAGCAUACAUUUCAAUGUAAAAUCCUGAACUAAUACUUACUACAGUUUACUGUUAUAAACAUGAAACACAAUCCUUGCUAUCUGCAUUGGCACUGUCAAAGACUUGGUGAAACACCUACUAAGUUUGACAUUAGUCAAAAAGCAACAAGUUUUAAAUAUCAGAUUUCAAAUGGGUGAAAUUAAAAUCACAUUUCAAUUCUAUGCAACUAAAUGUCCCAAAUGCAUUUUGGUACAAAAAUAUUAGUGGUAACCUUCACUGGGUGUUGUAGGGUGUUGUUCAGGAAUUUUUGGUUGGUGACCAUUUUCAUACAUGCAGCUCCAAUCGCACAAAAACAAAUUAAGUUUAGCCAAUACUUAUAUUGCACAAGUGCAAGAUCUGGCAAGGUACGAAUUCUAGAAUCAACCUGCUGCAGCGUGAAUUUGCAGGUGUUUCAGCGCAUUGCAGAUGGUACUGACAUAGGAUGAAAGGGAAAAUGAGAAAUUACUGACAUUUGCCAAUGUGUGGGGGAAGAUGGCUAAUAUGAAUUAUCUUAGAUCAAGUCUGAACAGUUUAUAUUGCAUCACUUCUACAUAUGGUGGUACGUUUGGUGCACAAUUCUUGUUCUUUGAGGUAAACUCAGAUGUGACUAACAUAACAUUAAAUCUGGUAGUUGUGGAACAGUGAUAUUCAGCUUGAAUUAAUUUUUUUUUAGUUAAAAGAAUCUUUAUUUGUGUUGAGGGAUUCUCUGAUCUGUUCUUAGUUCAGUCUGUGGGAUACCCUAAUGGCAUCAUUUAGCAGAAAGAUGACCAAAAGUGAGCUAACCUGAAUGGAUCAGUGUAGGCAAUUUAACUGUCUUAACAUUUUGUUUUUGGUGUGCAUGAUCAAGGCAAGAUAGGGCAAAACUGCUUUCUACAUUAAGAUUGCCAAAUAAAGACCUAGAAAGCUGUUUGCUCCAAAGACAUUUCAAACUCUAACCUUAAAUGUAACAUUGAAAUUCCGUUGUAUGUUUAAAACAAAAUUUAAUUUAUCCCAUCUUCUUCUCUAGAGGAAAUUUGGUGUUUUUUAUUGCAGUAUUAGAUUCUCAUUGUAUUAGAUUCUCAUUUCAAAAUGGCCCAGUCCUUUGUUUUACAAAGCUGUAUAUUUGGGAUCCAAUAAUUAACUUUUGCUAUUGUUAUUGAUACAGUGAAGCAAACACAAAGAAAAAUGUUGCCAGUCUGAGUGGAAUUAAAGAAUAAAAUCCUUUUUUUUGGUUUUGUCAUUAUCAUGCUUUUCACCACGCUGUAACCAUGAUGGGAAAUGCUAUUACUAUGCACUAGAAACCUGAGUCAUGUUUUUAGAAAAAAAAUGUAAAUUAGGACUGCAUUGUUUUGAAAUGAUUUAUUAAAAAUUGUACUGCUGAAAUAAAAUUUAA